AUGCAAACUCAACGAUACGCACACCUCCUUAAGAGCUACGCGAUAAGCACAUACGACCAUAGGGUGUGGAAAACAGGGCUUCCCGUCCGCUCAGCCGUACUUAAGCCACACGCCGGUGAGUUAGUAGUUGGGUGGGUGACCACCAGCGAAUCCUCACUGUUCUCACGAACCGGCCGUUACUUCUUUACAGAAAUUUCAAACCCUGAUAUAAGGGCCGGUUACUACAUAUCCAUACUCUAUACCAUAGUUUUGAGCUAUUCUAUCUUCCUCUCUUGUACUAUGUCACAUACAUACGACCAUAGGGUGUGGAAAAUAGGGCUUCCCGUCCGCUCAGCCGUACUCAAGCCACACGCCGGUGAGUUAGUAGUUGGGUGGGUGACCACCAGCGAAUCCUCACUGUUAUGGAUGUUACGGGUUUACUGGAUUGGCUAUCUAUUUUGGCAAGUAUAUAAGGUUGCGGCAAGGAAAGACCAAUGGGAAGACGUUUAG